AUGGCUUAUAACGGCACCGCCAAAGAGACUGAGCCGAACACUUGGCUGCACUUGAACGGCACUGCAGACCAGAUCCUCGACCGCUACUGCGUCAGUGAGCUAGUCCGAGGCUGGCCAUUAUACGUGGAUUACUCGGAAUGGAAGAACUACCGCGCCUGCUUCGCAGACGACGCUUGGGUGCUUACCUUGUGCAGUGGCGGCUCCCAGCCCAUUGACAACUUUGUCAAGAACUCCCAGACAGGCCGCAAGAAUGGAGUCUUCAUGGCUCACCGCGAACUCGGCACCCUUGUCGACCUCAACCCCAGCACCAACCGCGCCGUUGGCAAGAUGAAAGUUACCAUCACCCAGCGCUUCAUCGACCCUUCCACGAAGAUCGAGUACGAUGUCGACUGCGACGCGCGCUUCAUCAUGUACUGCCUGAAGACCCCUGCCCCCGCAAAUACUGGAAGUCCCGUCCCAGGCACUGGACUAGGCCCGCGUGCGAAUUCAGGUGGAUGGAAGAUCCAGUACGUAAAGCUUAUCUAUGAGAAGGAUAAGGUUGUUUCUGUGGAUGGGAAGACUGUGCCUACGUUUCCCAAGGAGGAGCUGGACCAAUAUCCGUAUGCGCAUCGGUAUUUGGCGGCUGCGCGGGCCAGACAAGGGGAACAUCCUAGGAAAGACAUGCCGACGUUGAUUGAGACUGAGCAGUUUUGGAACAUGUAUCAUGCUAUCGACGAGUGGUUGAAUGGGCAGGAUGUGAAGAAGACAUUGGGAAUUCGAGUGGAUGUCUACAAGUAUGGAGCACUUACAGGUACUCGUGACUGCGAUAGGUACUUGAAUCUAGCCUAG